UGGGUCGUGCUUGACAGUGUUGUCAAGCGUCACAAAGUGGCAGUUUUAUUUUUUCGUCAAUUUAUGCGAAACUUUAGUAAAAAUACAAUAAGCAUUUCUUAAAAAAAAGCGGAGCAUUUUUCACUGCCAGAUAUGUCCCUGUUAAACAACGACGACAGCAUUCCUAACAUGGACGAGGAUCCGCAGGUGGUGAUCCAGGAAGACGAGUGUGUCCCGGCACCUCAUAUGCCAAGUGGCAGAUCUAUGGACUCUUUGCGCUCCUCCUUCACCAACCGGAGCUCUACUCCGGAUUCCUCGCACAACUCUCUGGAGGCACUGGAAAUGGCUCAAGAUGACAGGGAGGAAAAGGCUAGGCUUAUUACUCAGGUGCUGGAGCUGCAGAACACCCUGGAUGACCUAUCCCAGAGGGUAGAUUCUGUUAAAGAGGAGAAUCUCAAGUUGCGGUCGGAAAACCAGGUUUUGGGGCAGUACAUAGAGAACCUGAUGUCGGCCUCUUCAGUUUUCCAGUCUACUAGCCCAAGUGCAGCGAAAAAGAAGUAGAAGGACCUUCCUCGGAACCUAAAAUCAUCUCAAAUAUGCCUUGCUAGAGCUAAAAACAUUGUAAUCUUCGAAAUUAAGCUUAUGCAAUAUUGUUUCAGUUGCUAAUCCGUCGAAUUUGUGCACAACCCUAUUGUCUUUGUUAGGUUUAAGCUUAUGGCGCGCUAUGUAUUUUAUACAUAAAAUUAAUUUAUUUAUAUAGAUAAUUAAUAAAUCAAUAUAUUACCCCACCACA